AUGGAGAAUGGAACCAUGCCUUCAUAUUUUUACUUCACUUUGUUCAAGGAAUUUGUUCACCUCAGAUAUAUCAUCCUAAUAGUGACACUUUCAGUUUUUUUUGCCAUUGUAUUAUUUAAUGUCAUUAUUUUAUAUGUUGUGUUUAAGGAAAGAAGUCUUCAUGAACCAAUGUACAUAUUAAUAACUUGUCUGUCUGUCAAUGACCUCUAUGGCUCAGCUGGUUUCUUUCCUAGAUUAAUAAUUGAUAUCCUUUCUGAUACAAAUGUUAUUUCCAGGUCAGCGUGCUUUGUUCAGAUAUAUAUAAUUUAUACAUACGCAAUAUCUGAAUACACUAUAUUAACUCUGAUGGCGUAUGAUAGAUAUGUUGCCAUUUGUCAUCCUUUAAAAUAUCACAGACUUAUGAACUCAAAAGUAACAACACUGUACAUGGGAAUAGCAUCACUUUAUGCAAUGUUUUCUAUGGGUCUUGUUAUUUUCUUUUCAGCUAGAUUGCCUUUGUGUGGGACUGACAUAGCCAGACUUUACUGUUUCAACUGGUCUGUGGUUCGACUCUCUUGUGGGGUUUCAACUUCGACUAACAACAUUAUUGGAUUUUUUGUCACGACAACAACAGUUUUUCUGCCUGCCUUUUUCAUUUUAUACACGUAUGUCAGAAUUUUGAUUGUUUGUCAGAAAAGCUCCAAAGAAUUUAGGGGCAAAGCAUUGCAAACGUGUCUUCCUCACAUUAUAAGCUUUUUUAACUACUCUAUUUCAAUCUUUUGUGAUGUUGCUUUAGGUCGGUAUGAUUCCGACAAGUAUAAAUUUGCUGCUAUAGUUUUUUCAGUGGAAUUUCUGGUUUUACCACCUGUUUGCAAUCCUCUCAUUUAUGGCUUAAACUUGCCAGAAAUACGUAAAUAUAUUUUGUGUUUGUUUCGACGUUCAAAAAUUGCCCAUUUUCCAAGUAAAUAA